GCUUCCAAAUACGAAUCGAAUUUACCCGCCACAUUUUUACCGCGCUUUUUUUUAUUUCAUUUUGCAUAUUGAUGCCGUAUCCAGUAUUUUAUGUCAACAAAAUAGUUUUUUAAACGUAAUUUUGGUAGGAAAAGAGUCGUGUUUCUAGUGUAAAGUGAGUGAAAAUUUUGUGAAUGAAUAGUGUUUUAUGAAUGGCCAUUCAUAACAAUAUUUUAGUGGUUUUAGUGUAAAAGGGUUACAAGCUCCGUGUAGUUAUUAAGUGAAUAAGGAUUAUAUCGUUUGUUGUUUUGAGCUUCACUUCAAAACAACAAAACGCAAAAUGUAGCAACAUAACAAAAUAGUGAUGGGACCAAUAUACACCACGCAAUAGACAAUAGAUGUGCACAAUAUGGCGCCGAAGGAUAGCCAGUGCGUUCCUAAAUUGUGUGCUGAUGAAGAAACUUAAAUCCGCAGUCAGGAAGUGGCGGAGAAUGCGCCUCUUCCGCAAACGAGAUGAGUCUGUGACCCGUCAGGUGUCGACUGAUCCAGCGCCGUCCACUUCUGGCACUCCUGCGCAUUACCCUCGACCACCACCCACCGAAUUAUUGCAAUUGGAACCAGACGAAGGUCAAAGACUAAGAGAGCAACAAUUGCGAACAUUCUCGUUCUUCCAACUGAGGGUACAUUUGAAAAGAGGCCAAAACUUAGUAGCUAUGGACAAAAAUGGUUUGUUGUCAGGCACGAGUGAUCCCUACGUCAAGUUUAAGGCUGGGGGCAGACUGCUGCACAAAUCCAGGAUUGUGUACAGAGACCUGAAUCCAGUGUGGGAUGAGUGCUUCACUGUGCCUAUUGAAGAUCCCUUCCAGCCGGUGCAGAUUAAGGUUUUCGACUACGACUGGGGUCUACAAGAUGACUUCAUGGGUUCCUGUCACCUUGACCUGACCGCCCUAGAACUUGGCAGGACACAGGACCUAGUACUGUGUCUCCGAGACCCUGGGAAGCCGACUCAAGAUAUGGGAGAGAUCGUGCUGAAUGUGACACUAUGGCCAAAGUCUCAAGAAGAUAAGGAGCAGUAUUUAAUGAAGAACACGAGGCUAAGCGAUGUGAACAAGCGGUUGAAGGCGCAAAUAUGGAGCUCUGUAGUCACCAUAGUACUGGUUGAAGCUAAGAAUCUUCCUGCAAUGGAUUUAGAUACUAGAUCCAGUGACCCUUAUUGUAAAUUUAGGUUAGGUAACGAAAAAUAUAAAAGUAAGGUAGUUUGGAAGUCUUUACAUCCUUCGUGGUUGGAGCAGUUUGACCUGCACUUGUAUGAUGACCAGGAGCAAAUUCUAGAGGUCACAGUCUGGGACAAGGAUAAGCAGUCUAAAGAUGACUUUAUUGGCAGGUGUGCAAUAGACUUAUCUAGAUUAGAAAGAGAGAAAACGCAUAACAUAUGGAAGGAUCUAGAAGAUGGGAACGGGCAAAUAUUUUUGUUGCUGACCAUUAGUGGCACUACGCAGUCGGAAACCAUUACAGACCUCAGCAGUUAUAAGGAGAACCCAAGAGAUAGGGAAAUUGUUGAAAGGCGAUAUAUGUGGUACAAUCUAAACGAACAAUCAAGUGGAGUUGGAUGGCUCUGUGUUAAAGUAUAUGGAGCUAAAGGACUAGCAGCUGCCGAUUUAGGGGGUAAAUCUGACCCCUUCUGUGUGUUAGAACUAGGGAACGCAAGGCUUCAGACACACACGGAGUACAAGACGCUGACACCGAACUGGAUGAAGAUAUUCACUUUUACAGUGAAGGACAUCACAUCAAUAUUGGAGAUAACAGUGUACGAUGAAGACCACGAUCAUAAAGUGGAGUUCCUCGGGAAACUGGCUGUUCCACUGCUGAACAUAAGAAACGGAGAGAAACGAUGGUACGCCUUAAAGGACAAGAAGAUGAGAGCGCGUGCGAAGGGGAACUUUCCGCAGAUAUUGUUGGAGAUGCUGGUCAUAUGGAAUCCGUUGAAGGCAGCGAUAAGGGCGGUGAACCCGAAGGAACCAAAGUACAUGCAUCAGGAGGCUAAGUUCAAGAGACAACUGUUUAUACGAAACGUAAUGAGACUGAAAGCUAUCAUCAUGUGGUUUAUCGAAGUUGGGAAGAUUUUACAAGACUGUUUUGAAUGGGAAUCGAGGAUACGUUCAUUUUUAGGCCUGUUACUAUGGCUCGCCUUCUGUUAUUACUAUGAGAUGUGGAUGCUACCUCUACUGAUGCUAAUGUUCUUCGGCAGAGCCUGGCUUAUUUAUAGACUUACUGGAGGUAAUCCCCUACUGGUACCAGUUGAUGAUGAAGAUCUUUUAGCUGAAGAAGAUGAUGAAGACGAAGCUGAUAAGGAGGAGAAGAAAUCUCUAAAAGAGAGACUGCAAGCGAUUCAAGAAGUGACGCAAACUGUACAAAAUGCGAUUGGUUAUGUCGCCGCUCUAGGAGAAGCGGUUAAGAACUUGACGAACUUCACAGUGCCAUAUCUAAGUUAUUUAGCAAUAAUAAUGUUAUUAGGAGCUAUGAUCGUGUUAUACGUCAUACCUUUGAGGUAUCUACUUAUGGCGUGGGGUAUAAAUAAGUUUACAAGGAAAAUCCUUCGACCACACACGAUACCCAAUAAUGAAGUGCUAGACCUACUAUCGAGAGUGCCAGACGAUGAGACUUUGUUGGACUGCCGAGAACUAAAGCCACACCCAGCGAACGAACACCGACGAGACGCAAGAAAGAAGCACAAACCUUCGUAACAUAGUCCGAAGGCGAUCCGCAAACGGGUCCGACAUUACGUAAGGAAUCUCGGCAAUAAGUAUAAUACGUAGAUCUAGCUAGGUAGACUAGGAACUUUAGGAAAUUACUGGGAAACUGCUGGUCAGUGUCAGGUUUAGAAAGAGAAUCUUUACUUUCCUAACUACUUACUUACACUGCAUUUUAUUAACAUUGUGUAGAAAAGACGGUACAGCAAAAUUGCUUUUGUGCCCUCUAGGAGGCGCUUCUGUCGACUAAGAUCCCGUCAGUCUCACUGUUAAUGUAUUGUCCGUCAACCUUGUUCGGUGAUUUUAGUCACUUGACGUCCUGAAAAUACACAGCAAAGUACUUUUGAAAACAUAACAAUAUAAUUGGAUUUUUAUUCCUUUUUAUUUACACAGUGUUCUUAAAAUGUAUGAUAUCUUUUGAUACUUAGGGUGGCCAAAAUAUACACUGUAACAGAUGCUGUUACAAAAAUAAGCGAAUACGCAUACGUAAUAUUAAGAUCUUUGCAAGCUUGGAUCGGAGAAUAUUCAAAAUUAAAUAAGUAUGGCUGUGUUAGAAAAAUGAGUCAAUUUGUAUGUGGAAUGUAAUUUUUGUAUUAGCACCUUUACAGUUUGCGAACUAUGAGUAAGUAUAGGGGAUUGUAUGAAAGUAUCUUAGUCCCUAUUUGAGGGAUAAGCUUAUUGUCGAGAUUAAAUUAAAUGUCGAAAUUAAGAAUGUAGAACUAGACACAAAUUUAGAAUUGGAAGUUUUUAAUAAAUAAUUGGCAACACAAAAGGCAGCCAAGCUGUAUUGUUACGUUUAAAUGUGUUGCCAAUCAAAAUAUAUUGUUACCCUAAUAUCCUUUAUAAUUUGCUUCUCAGUUUUUAUAUAUCCGAUUUGUAAAUAAAUACCAAAAACAAUCAUUUGAACAAAAUAUUAUUUUAGGAAAAGUCUGUGAUUUUUUAUGAUCUGUUGUAAUAGCAAAUGUUAAUGUUGUUUUCUAAAUAAAUUAUAAUAACUAUGACACCAAAUAUUGUGAGUUUGUAAGCAAUGUUUAUUAUAUAAUGCGAACAGCAAUAUAAUAAUUAUAAUUAAGUAAAAUAAUUGUUUCUUCCAUUGUUUUCCAAAUAAUAUUCUUAGCUAGAACAUGCUAGUUGAAAUCUAUUUGAAUGUUUGUUGUGAACAAGACAAGCAAAGUUACAAGUUGAUUGUUGAAUAUUUGAACUACACGCCUAUCAAUUUCGAUAACAAUUAGUUUAUUGAAGGUUAUACCCUAAACAAGGACGUUGAAAAAGGCGGACAUAUUAUCACUUAGACAUGAUUGAAGCACCAAAUUUUCAGUGGGUUAUUUAUGUGUACGUGUGUAAUGGUUUAGCGUUGUGCGCCGAGUAAUUUCGAGGCAUGCUUUUAAAUGAAACUCGUGUUAAAUUGGCGAAACUUAUAUUCGACUUCGUCUCUGUCCAAAUAGUGUAACAGCAUUUAAUGUCACCAAGUUAAGGAUCAAACCAUCGACGGUCAAUGGCGACCAUAAACAAUAUCAAUAUUCUCGCCUUAAUAUACUAAAUGUGGGUCUCAUACAUAUAUCUGUUAAUGGGACGCCACAAUGGGUUACCAUGUUACCAGACUUAAGAAAAUGACAGAAGUUGUUUGUCGUUUUCACCAGAUGGCACAGCCGUUGUUUCAAGAGACUGUGUCCACCUUUUUUUCAACGACCUUGAAACUAAUUUAGUAAAAAUUGAGAUACCUGUGUGUUGGCAACAGUAAUUAAUUAAAUAACUUAAUUAUGUAUUUUCCAAUGAACGACAUUGUUGAGUGUAACGAAUUAUGUCAUCAGAUUAAACAGAAAUAAGAAUUGUUUCAUUAAAACACAGAAAACAAUAUAAGACUGGCAUGUAUGUUCAAAUACAUAACGGAAAUUGCGAAAUGAACAUAUUGAUGUAAAUACAUAACUGGAGCAACCACUGCGACACAGUAACGAUUUUAAUCGAAAAUAUGCUCCAAAUUCCUCAUUAGACGUUGCAUUUAAGUCCCAAAUUGUAUAAAAUCCAAUAGAUUAUUAUAUUAAACACGUAGAUAGGAUUUUUUAAUGAUGCCAUUUUUGUAAGAAAUGUUACAUUGUUGUGUUUAAUGUUAAUAUUUUAAAAACAUGAGAACAAGAACAUCAUAGAAUAGUUCAUUCCUCUUCACAACACGAAUAUAAUAUUUAUAGUAUAAGACUGAGACCAAUCUCAUAUUACUUGAGAGGAUAGUAAAACCAUGUUUGUACUUUUAUUCUAGUAGAUUUGUCUGUGUAACUAUAUGAAACUAUAUGAAUUAUAUUGUAUUUCAGCUUUACUUCAGCUAGUAUCUCAUUCCAAUUUAACUAAAUCUAGUUUAGUGUUAAGAACGGUAUAUACAUUUCCAGUCUUUAGAACCGCGUUAUUUUUGUCAUUUCAUAGAUAGAUUGAUUGACUGUAUUGCUAUAUAUUUUGUAUUGCUAGUGAAUGUCAAGUCUAUCUUAACCAACUCUAUCGAGACACUGGCCGUUGACGUCUUUAUAAUAAUUUGAAUUAAUUUGACAGUUCUAAAUGUUAAGUUUUAAUGAUGCUAACGUUAACUAAGGACUGGAAAUGUGUAGAUGAGCCUCUAGAAUAUCACCCACUACUACUUAAUUCUCUUCUCGAUGUCUUCAACCGUGUCCAUUAUGAAUGUCUAAAUGUUUUAAGUAUUUCUCUUGAAGUUCUCGCACAAUCAUGCACAAAAAUUGUCUCUUUCAAAUAAAAAUCUGUGAUGUCUUCGAUCCUAGUUAGUUUUCGAAUCUUGCUAACAGUAACUUAUUAUAGUUUGUUACAAGAGUCACCUAGACUUGGGUUAAAGUAAUGUGCAAAAUAUGUGCGAGGCAAAUUAACCUUUGAAAGCUUAAAACGCUUUUCUUUUCUAAUUAGCUGUACUUGUAUCUUGUAUGUGACCUCGGUUAAAACUACUUAAAGUAUCUCCAUCUAAGUACUUGGUAUUUGUUUUGAGUAGAUUAAAAACAUACUACAUAAGAAAAUGAUAAUAAAAUUAUCAAACAAGCCUUUGUACCCAACAUAAUCAUAGUUAAUUAUAAAAUUUCUACAAAGGGCAGAUCUAUAAAUGUAUUAAUUUCUUUUUGUAAAUUAUCUUCUUGUGGGAUUAAACCCUAACCAAAUGGCCAUGACAUUAAUGUAAAAUUGGCAAUAAUUAUUUUGUUAAUUACUUCAUAGAUACGAUCGCAUUAAUAAAAUACUUGGACUUUUACCAACUAAUCAAAGAGACAAUUAUUUUUAAACUAGUCAUUCGCUUUUUCAAGACUAUGUUCCUGAUUUGUACGUUGAAAUUACGAUGUUAGUACGCAAGUAUGUACCUAUCUGAGUUUAAAGUACCCGGCUGUGAAUACGACAGACAUCGGUUGCUAAGUCAGUUAAUAGAUUCGUAACUCUAUAAGUAACGAAUAGGGUUGAAAAUAUAGAACAAGGAGACCAAACUUCUAUCGUAAUCAACGUUGAGAUUCAAUCGGCUAGCCAGCCCAGUCACUCAAUGGCGUAGAAUAACGCACUUCGGUUAUUAGAAUUUCUGAUAAAUGUGCUGUUAAUUUUCUUUUACUUACUAGCUUUUUAUCUGUAGUACUGUCUUCGCUACUAGUCUCGUAUUCAACGAGCCUUAGAUUUUAAGAUUAAUUUUAAGAUUCUUGCACAGCCUGCACAGAUCUCUAUGGUACAAUGCACUAUGCACAUGUCAUUAACUUACCUAAAUAUAUUUUAUAUACCAGUGUAUUUGUGAUAUAAACAAUAAUAAUAUUCUUGUUACGAAUAUAAUUAUUAUUAUUGCGUUGUUGCUAAUCUGUCCCCGGUAUUUAAGGGUGGCCAAGCUACCGAAACUAUGUACAAUUCGUAGUACGUACCUAUCUAUUUAAACAAUUUUAUUCCAAGGGUAAAGAGCCGUUCAAUCACUACGACCUAUUUGAAUGAAUGUCUAGUUGUUGUCACUUAAAAUUACAGAAUGAUUGAAAUACAAAUAUUUUUAUUACUUGUGAUUGAUCACUUCUCAGCCCUUUUCUCUUUCUACAGGUAGCAAAAGAGAUUGAAAUGUAGGCAUCUAUUGCAAGAUGAAAAUUCAUCAAUCUAAAAAUUAAAUGCGACAGCUAUACUUGAAUAAUUCAAAUAAGACAACUUAUGAUCGUGGCCUCCACAGCGACCUCUUCUGCUAACUACCUAAUCUUAAAAUCUUUUCAACUUCUUACUUAUAUGUGAAUUCGAAUAAAGUUACGAAGAAGAAAAAUAACAUACCUGUUUGAGUACCAAAUGAAUUACCUACUUACUGGUCCUUGGCAAACUCCGCUGUCUUCAAUCCAACAGAAAUCAAAAUGUAUGCUUAAAAUAGCUUAUCAAGUUACAGACCUAUUAUCUCUUGUCCAUUUCAAUAUAUCAAAUAUGAUAUUUUUAUGAAGCACAAAGAUAAUCAUGUUAACGCUUUCAUAUUUUAACGAAUUAAAAAAUUAUG